AUGUCUUCUAUAGACAAGAACGAGAAAGACUCCGCAGUUGCAAAUAUCACCUCAGUCACCUCGUUGAGAGACGAGGCUGGCAAGAAUGCAGACAUGGUGGUCGGCUUGGAUUUGUUUGAACAUGCCCAGGAGUUGUCUGAUGAUGAAAUUGCGGAGGAGUUGCGAAAGAUCAGAAGAAAGAUCGAUUGGCGUCUCUUGCCCAUUUUGUGUGUCACAUACACUUUGCAGUUCUUGGAUAAGUUAAGUUUGAACUAUGCUUCGGCAUAUUCAUUCAAGGAAGAUUUGGGACUUACAGGACAGAAAUAUUCGUGGGUUGCAGCUAUUUUUAACUUCGGGUACUUGUUCUGGGCGCUACCAUCUAAUUAUAUCAUCCAGAAAGUUCCAAUUGCAAAGUAUACUGGAGGAAUGCUCGUAGUGUGGGCUAUCAUCUUGAUUGGACACAUCGGAGCAACUAAUUAUGGCGGUAUUUUGGCCUUGAGAUUCAUCUUGGGUAUGUUUGAGGCCGGUAUUUCGCCCUCGUGCAUGAUGAUUUGUGGUAUGUUCUACUCUAGAGAGGAUCAGCCAUUCAGAAUGUGCACAUUCUUAAGUUGCAAUGGUAUUGCUACUGUGGUGGGUGCACUUCUUGGAUUUGGUCUUGGCCACGCACAUAACACGGCAUUGGCUUCAUGGAAGUUGAUUUUCUUGGUCAUUGGCCUCAUCAACUUCGCUUGGUCCAUCGUCUUUUUGCUUGUCACUCCAGACACUCCAGCCUCGGCCAAAUUCUUAACUGAAAGAGAGAGAACUAUCUUGAUCAAGCACAUUUCCAAGAACAACCAGGGUGUGAAAGACCAGCGUUUCUUAUGGCCACAGGUCAAGGAGGCUGCAUUGGAUAUCUCCAUUUACAUUUUCGCAGCCAUUGGUUUAGGAUGCGGAGUGAUCAACGGAGGUGUUUCCAAUUUCCAGUCGGCAUUGAUCAAGGGUUUUGGUUUUUCAGGCUUGAAUGCCACUGCAUUGCAAAUGCCAACUGGAGCCAUUGAGUUUGUGGUUGUUUUCGCGAGUGGUAUUUUUGCCUUGAAGGUUCCAAACACUCGUUGCUUCAUCUUUUGUUUCCUAUGUGUGCCAGGAUUAGCAGGUUUAGUCGGGAUUCACUUAAUCAAGGACAAUAGAUGGGCAUCCGUCGGAUGCACAUGGCUCCAAUACAUUAUUGGUGGCCCGGUGAUCUUAUGUUGGAUCUUCAUGAACGCUAAUAUUGGUGGCUCAACCAAAAAGACCAUUACCAAUGGAUUCUGGUUUACUCUUUAUGCUGCGGGCAACAUUAUUGGUGCCAACAUCUUCAAGGCAAAGGAAGCUCCAAAAUACACUAGUGCUAUGACCGGAUUGAUCACUUGUUACUCGGUGAUGAUUGCUCUUGGUAUCAGCUACUACUUCCUUCUUCGAUACAGAAACAUGAAGAGAAACAAGGAGCAGGGAGGAUACACUGAAGAGAUCAGACAAGAGGCGAUCAUCAAUGGAUUCAAGGGAAUGACGGACUUUGAGAACAAAGGCUUCAGGUACGCCUUGUAG